AUGGAAUAUGCUCGCGGGUAUCGAGUUAAAGAACAUGGUAAGAUGAAACAUGUGCAGAAUGAUGGAAUUGGAUUGAAUUCUGAUACCCUUGUGGUCAUUAAGCUGCCCGAUUCGCGGGUUCUACGUAUCGUGUCGCGUUCGGUGUUAUUGGCUGUGGUGAUACUCACAUUGCCUUGUAUUUGCACCAUUUUGAGGGAGAUUGAAGGGAGUUCUUAUUAUAAUCUGUCUGCAGAUGAGUUUGUUUCGGAUUUAAUGGAUGAUGUUGAUGUUGAGUUUUUGGAUUCUUUGUUUCUAGAUUUGGCCAAUGAGGGCCUUGUUAAGAAGGGUGAUAAAGCGCUUUUCAUGUGCUCGAGUAUCGGACCUGUGAUUGAUAAUACUCGAUUCUUGAACUCCAUUGAUAUUGAUUUGGUAUUGGGGUCUGAUCUAGGACAUGAGGGUUUGUUGCAGGAUGCGUCGUUUGAUUUUAUAUUCGGAUUUGGAUUUGAAAACAUUGGAAUCCUUGAUCGCAUGGUGAAAGUUGGCGGAAUUGUGGUUACGCAACUGGGCGAUCUUCCGAGUGCUCUACAGAAGCAAUCGAAUUAUAAAGUUGUUUAUCUUCGACGAUACAGUUCAACUGUGGUGGCACUGAGAAAAACGAGUAUGUCAAAUGAAUUUGCGGAUUCAUCUUCCAAGAGGCGGCUCUGUGAGCUAGAAAUGGAGGCCAAGAAAACAGCAUUGAAUGGCUUGGAAGAUGUUCUUCUCGAACCACCGAGAAGGCUUUUAGCAGAAUCCAAAAAAGAUUUAAAGAAAUUCAAGUUUCUUCCCGACUUGUUGGGGGAUCCCUUAGAAGAUUACAGACGUCGAGUCUUUAUUGACGUAAGCUUACAGGAGGAGAAAGAUCGCGUAACGAGAUGGUUCACAGAGAAUUAUCCUACUCGAAAACAGAACUUCGAGAUUUACAACAUUGAAAUGGUGCCCGAAGAAGUGUCAAAGACGGUGGUACCAAGCGUUGAAAUUUCCGAUUGGCUAGAGAAAAAUGUGAAGGAAGACGAAUUUGUCGUGAUGAAGGCAGAUGCAGAAGUAGUAGAGGAGAUGAUAAGGAGGAGGAGUAUCGAUUUGGUGGACGAACUGUUCUUGGAGUGCCAAAAUCAGUGGCAGAAUGGGGAUGGAAACAAGAGCAAGAGAGCUUAUUGGGAGUGUUUGGCGUUGUACGGACGCCUACGAGAUAGAGGAGUUGCUGUGCAUCAAUGGUGGAGUUAA